CAUAAGAUUAAUUAUAAUGAAGAAACGGAGAAGUCACGUUUAAAUGCAAUUUCAAAACAAUUAGAGCAAAUACGUAAUAUAAAAAAAAUGUUAAAUUUAUAUUCAGAUGAAGAAAAUUUCAAAACAAACCAUCAUUAUCAACCUGGUGAACCAAAAUAUGAAUUGAAUUGCGCACCAUCGAAAUAUUUGAAAGCAACAUCAGCCAGAAUUAUUUCAAAAAUUCAAGAUGAAAUAAAUAGAGAACCAAUAAUUCCAUCUCCACCACCGAGACGGCAAUCACUUUUGAGAUUACCUAAAACUAUUAAUGGAAAUAUUGGUACAUCAAGAUUAAUCCAAGAAUUAAAUAGUACUGCAUCGCGAAUGUUUCAAGCGUCCUUAAAAAAUAUGCAUUCCGUAACAAACACUCGUCAAGAUAAUGAAGGAAGAGUUCGUUAUGUUGCUGCUAUGCCACCAAAAAUUGUAUCAAAAACUGUAAUCGAAGAAUAUAAUCCUAAUAAAUCCUCGAAUAAUCAAUAUCAAACGUCACCAUUCGGAGGAUUCGGAGGAUUCGAUAGCCCCAAUAAAUUCUCAAAUAAUCUAGUUUUUCCAAGAGAAUCUAAUCAGUUUGUUCCAAAAGAUAAAGAAAGAAACCUUUCUAGAAAAAAUACAUCUAAAUCAAUUGACGAACGUACAUUUAGUAACAAAGUAACACGUAAUGAAAAUAUUAUGAGUAAUCAAUAUUCAAAAGACGAUACUAAAAAAUCAACCCCGGAAAAUGCGGAAGAUUCGAAAACAGUUGGAACGCAAUACGAGCAAUUUUAUAAAAAUCAUUUGGUAAAUUAUGAAAACUUUCAAGCAAACUUUUCAAAAUCCUCAAAUAUUAAAAUUAAUUCAAUUGCUGGAUCAGAUCAAAAUAAUGAUGGAACACCACAACAGAGUACGGUUCCUGAGUUUGAAUCUAGUGUUACGGCUCUAAAAAAAUCAACGUCAGAAAUGGUUUCAAAAUAUAAUGCAAGAUUUGCAAAAUCAGAAAAUCGAAAAUCGACAAAAGCCUUAAUGAAACCUCAAUCACAAUCGUUGACCAAUACUGCCCUGAAAUUUCAAUCACAACCUUCAACAAAUAAUUUCAUAAAACCUCAAUCAUCCACAAAUUUUCAAUACAGUGGUGAUGGGAAAAGCAAAUUUGAGGAACAGAAAUUACCCACUCAAACAAAUUUACGAACAAAUGAUAAAACUCAAGAACUAUUGCAAAAUAAAGUAAACGUAAAAAAUCAAGAAUUAAAACAAAAUAUAACAGAAUAUGCGAUGAAAGAAACUACAUCUAAAGCAGUUAAAAAUAUAAGUAGUGAAGAAAAUAAAUCGCCCAGAAAGUUUUUGAGACGUGGAAAUGGUCCUAAACCACCAAUUUCAUAUGCAAUAAACGUAAAUAAAACAGCUAUGGUUAAGGAACAUUUAGAAAAAUAUUCUAAAAGACGCUUAAAUAUGCUUGGUGACAAAAGAAGAAAAGAGGCAAACUCAGAUGGUACAAAAUCGACGGACAUUAUUCAAGAAUCAACACCUGCACCCAUCGUAAAUAAAAAAACAGAUGAAUAUAAAAUGAAUAUUACAAUAUCAGAAAGUGAAAAAACGGCAACUCUAGUAAAACCACCACAAAAAACUAAAUCAACUAGUCAAUCAAUACAAACACAAACAAUGAGACCAAAAGUCCAAAAAUCAGCCUCGUUUGUAGCCAGCAAUGCGAAACGCGAUGAAAGUAUUAAAUUAGCUACAUCAUUUAAUUUACCUCAUACGUCAAGAAAAACCAUUCUAGAGUCCAAUCAAAGAAAGGAAAAUAUGUUGAACUCUGAACUUGAAUUUUUCUCGAAAGAAACCGAAAAACCGUUGAUGGGUUUAUCGCCCCGGUUUAUUGAUUUGCACGAUAUUGAGAAAAACGUAAAUAAACCACGAGAAGAAAUGUCAUUGAAUAAUAAAAUAAAAAAAACAAACGAAUCAAAAAGACUAGUCAUUGAUGAUUUUGAAAGUGGUUUUGGUUAUGACACUUCAACUUCAAUUUCAACAAGGAAAAAUCCGACUAGCACACAGCAAUUUUCAGUCAGUAGUACGUCGCCAUAUGUGACGAAACUUAUAGAUAUACCACCUUCAAUGCAUUCACCAUUAAUUGCACGUAAAAUACAUAAAGUUGGUACCACAUCUGUAAAAAGCCUACACCACAAUAGAGAAUCAUGUUAUGCAGUGAAUAAAAUCCAUAAUCAAAGUUCAACAUACAAAUCCCACACGCGACAAAUCAUGACUGACGCAGGACGUUUAAGAGGUGGCGAAGAUAGAAUUAAUAGUACUUUAGAACGACUUUUAAGUAAAGCACAGAAUUUAACAAAAAACCUACAAAAUAUAAGAAGUCAGUGUCAAGAAUAUGUUGAACAGUUAGAAAAAUGCAAUUUCGAAAGUACCUGCUCAUGUGAUUCAAUACAAUGCACAUGUAAUGGCUUAAAUUUUAAUCAAAAUGCUAAUAACAAUUUGAAAAGUGCUACUACCAGAAAGCAUAUUUCGAGAUCUACUCUAAGAAACAGUGAUUACGAAUUUCAAAAUCCUUGUAUGGAGGGUCCGUUCUCUGAUAUAUUAACACGUCAUUUUUUGCCUGGUAAUAAAGGGAAAAUGCCAGCCAUUGUUGGUUAUAAAACUGAUGGAAUCCCUAUAUACGGACCACCUGGUGCAGCAUAUAAUGUAAUGGGUUGGACUCGUGAUGGAUCACCAAUAUUUGGGCGCGGGGGCCCUGGUAGUAAAGAGCCGCUGUUAAAUAUACGUGGCUAUUUCAAAACAACACCUUUAUAUGAACCAACAGACCCAGAAGAGAAAAAUAAGAUUACACAAAUUGGUACUUAUGAUAAUACUCCUAUAACAGGUCAUAGAGAUUUGAUAAAUGGGAUGGUUUUUGUUGGUAAAUCUGAUAAAGGUUUUGGUAAAUAUAAAGUUUUGACGAAGACUCAAAAACAUUCAAAUACUCAAAACAGUAUGGUUGUAACACCGACGACGAGUGAAAGGGAAAGCAUAGAUUCAGAAGAAAUGAAAAGAGCGUUAAACAGUUUUAUUAGUAAUGAGCCAAUCAGGUCAUUGACCCCUGAUCGUGCUGAUCGAAUUGCUGUUCAAGCUAUUAAAUCGAAAACUGAAAAGCCUAAAGUGUAUCCAUUAUCAUAUAGCAUUGGUAAUAUUAGAUGUAAUAAAUAUCAUAAAAAAUGUAUUUCGACGAAGUAUCGAAGUUGUUCAGCUAUUCAAGUUAGAAAAUGCAAUCCAAAAUACCUUGACCCAUGGCGUCAUUCUUAUGCUAAAAACUUGAAACGAUAUACAUUUAAACCAGAAGUAGUAAAAGACCGAUGGGCGCAUAAACCUGGUGAAAUAAUGAAACCAGUUGCAAGAACAAUUAAAAUGCAUCGUAGAAGAUUGGGAUUACAAAAUCCAGAACGAUUAUUAAAAACAUUAGAAAAGAAAAACAAAUAGUUUUUCUAGAAAUCUUAUUUUUUACCACAAUGAUGAAAAAAUUACUCAUAUUCUCUCGUUGUGAUAAAAAUGCACUGCAAUUGUUUUUGUUUAAUUUUGUUUUUUUAAAGAAUACUUAAGUUAUUAAUCACUUGAAAGUUACGUAACAUUCCUUUAUCUGCUCCGUU